CCUGCUCGCGGGGGGAGGGGUGGACGGGUCUGGGGAUUGUUCCCGCGAGAUUUUGGAGGGGGAGGAGGAGCCUGGCUGCCACGUCGGGUCUGAGCCGGAGCUAACGGAUCCCAGUGACGCCGUGACAGCAGGAUGGUGGUGCCUGGACGGACGCAGGGCAGAGCGGGACUCUAUGGCCCAGUCGCCGCCAUGAUGGUCUGUGCAGCGCUGAUACAGAUUACUUCUUCGCACGAAGAUCUGCACCACGGGCAUUCGCACGAGGACUUCCACGGCCCCAGCGAGGCCGACUUUAGCCACCAGCCCAAGGAGGUCCGUGUUCCGCACUCGGCUGAGGGGUCCCCAAGCCACCAGCAGUUGCCUGGGAAGGAGAGGCAGGACUUGGUCAAGCUAUGGACACACGCCAUCGGGGCCACCUUGCUGAUCAGCGCCGCCCCCUACUUCAUCCUCUUCCUCAUCCCCGUGGAGUCCAACACUUCCCAGCACCAGGCCCUGCUCCGGCUACUGCUCAGCUUUGCCUCGGGGGGACUCCUGGGGGACGCCUUCCUGCACCUCAUCCCCCACGCGCUGGUGCCCCAUUCCCACCACGCAGAGGGCGGCCAUGCCCAUUCUCACUCCCCCACGGUGUCGGCUGGCCACGGUCACUCCCACCAAGGGCAGGAUCACCAGCGGAUGAUGGCUGUGGGGCUCUGGGUCCUGGCUGGCAUCGUAGCUUUCCUGGUGGUGGAAAAGUUUGUGAGACAUGUGAAAGGGGGACAUGGCCACGGGCACAGCCACGGCGGACACAGCCAUGCUCCCAAGGCGAAAAGCAGUUCUGGCGAGGAGGACAACGGGCCCCAGGAGAGGAAGGCCGGCAAGGCGCGUGUCCCUGACAAGGCAGCCCCCAAGAAGAGGGGCCAGGAGUCAGAGGAGCGGACUCAGGAGUCCACAAUGAAGGUCUCUGGGUACCUGAACCUGGCGGCCGACCUGACGCACAACUUCACAGACGGGCUGGCGAUCGGGGCGUCGUUCCUGGCGGGGGCCGGGGUGGGGGCCAUCACCACCCUCACCGUGCUGCUGCACGAGGUGCCUCACGAAGUGGGCGACUUCGCCAUUCUCGUCCAGUCGGGCUGCAGCAAACGCAAGGCGAUGAAGCUGCAGCUGCUGACGGCGCUGGGCGCCCUGGCGGGCACGGCCUGCUCACUGCUGGCCGAGGGCAUCGGGGAGGCGGCCACGGCCUGGAUCCUGCCCUUCACGGCGGGCGGGUUCAUCUACGUGGGCACCGUGUCGGUGAUCCCAGAGCUGCUGCGGGACGCGGCGCCCCUGCAGUCCCUGCUGGAGGUGCUGGGGCUGGUCUGCGGCGUCGCCAUGAUGGUGCUCAUCGCGCACUACGAGUAGCAGGCCCCAGCGGGGGGCGCCUGGGGGGCAGUGGCGCGUGGACCCAGGCGUCCGGGAUGGGACUCCGUGUGGACUCCAGGGGUGGGGGGUGUGGUGGACCCUGGCAUCCAGGACACGGGGGGGAGGGGAGCGGGGGCCAACUCUGCAUGGACCCAGGUGUCCAGGAUGGGGGGUGCUAUGUGGGCUGUGGGGGCGGAAGCCACAUGAAUCCUGGUGACCAGGGUGGAGGACGUGCCCGGCCCCCCCAUCCCAGAUGCUGGGUCCAUCCAGAGCUUCCCCCCGGGGCGGGGGUGCUGCAUGAGCCCUGGGGGGCAGGGAGGAUGCAGUGUGUGCCGUGGGGAGGGGGUGGGACGGACACUAGUGUCCAGGUGCUGACACUCACUCUGGGAUUGGGUGGUGGCGUGGACCCCGGUAGUGGGGCUGGCGCAGUGCAGGCUCUGGGGCUGGGUGAGACCUCGGGGCAGGCACCAUACAGACUGCAGGGGUGUGAGGUGCCCU